UUUUAUCUUCUCUCUUACUAUAUGUUAUACUUCUUUUUUAAAAAUUUAGUGGUUGCCCUAGAAUUCACAAUAUACAUUUUAAAUUAAUCUAAAUAUACCUUCAAAUGAUGCUUUACCACUUCACAUGUAGUUCAGAUAACUUUUAACAGAGUAUUAACAAUUCCUCCAUCCUAUGCCUUAUGACAUUUCUUUCAUACAUUUCACUUGUCUAUAUGCUAUAAUCACCCAGUACCUUAUUACUAUAAUUACUUUAGACAAAUAGUUAUUGGUCAGUUGAUUUUAAAUAACCUUGGCAAGGUAAUUCAAUGAAGAUAGGGCAGUCUUUCUAACAAGUGGUGCUAAAACAAUUGGCUAUCCAUAUGCAGAUAUAAAAAGAAACUGAGCCUUGAUAAGCAUUUAUUCAAAAUUAACUUGAAAUGGAUUGUAAAGCUAUGUGUAAUAGGUAUAAUUAUAAAUAUUUUAGGAGAAAAUUUAGGAGAACAUCCAAUGACUUAAGGUAGGUAAAGAUUUCUCAGGUAGGACACAAAUGAGCAAACCAUAAAGGAAACAGAUAUUGGUAAAUUGGACUUCAUAAAAAUUUAAAAUUCCGUUUUUCAAAAGAUACUGUUAAGGAAAAAAAUACUACAAAGUGUCAGAAAACAUUGCAAAACAAACAUUUUAUAAUGGACUUUAUCCAGCAUAUAUAGAGAAGUCUUAUAGCUCCAUAAUGUGAUGAAAACUACCCAAAUAAAACAAAUGGGUAAAAAAUUUGACCAGACAGUUCACUGGAGAGGAUAAUAUGAUAGCAAAUAUGCACAUAAACAGAUGCUCAAGAUCAUAGCAUUAGGGAAAUACAAAUUAAAUCCAAAAUAAGAACAGACAUCUACUAGAAUGGCUGAAGCCAAAAGACUAAAAAUAACAAGUUCUGGCUAGAAUGCAGAGAAACUAGAAAUCUUAUUCAUUGCUGGUGGAGAUGGAAAAAGAUGCAAACACUUUGGAAAACAGUUGGGUAGUUUAUUAUAAAUUUAACCAUAUACUUAUCAUAUAUUCCACCAGUCCAAUUCCUUAAUAUUUACCCAAGAGAAUAUGUUCACACAAAUACCCAUGCACAAAUGUUCACAGACACUUUAUUUAAAACAUCCAACAAUUGGAAACAAUCAAAUGUCCACUAACUGGGGAAUGGAUUAAACAAAUUUUGAUAUGUAUUUACUGAGAAAUACUACUUAGUAAUAAAAAGAAAGAACAAAUUGAUGCACAGAGGAACAUGACUGAAUCUCAAACAUUGUGCUAAGUGAAAGAAGCCAGACACACAGAGAAAAACAGAAAACUGAAUACUGUGUGAUUCUAUUGAUAUAAAAUUCUAGAAAAGUAAAAAUUAUGGGAAUACAAAACAGUUACAGUGAUUAUCAGGGGCUGGAUGCAUGAGGAGCAGAUUAUCUGCAAAUGAGCAUGAUGAAAAUUAUUGCAUUCGGGAAGUAGUCUAUAUUUUGAUUUUGGUGGUGAUUAUAUACUGUAUACAUUUGUCAAAACUGAUCUUAAUAAGGAUGGUAUUAGUAUAUCUGACUUUAAAAACUUUAUGAUAUAGAUAGUAUAAACAUCUAUCAACCACAAUCUUGGCCAAAUUACCCUAAAUUCUCACAUUAAAGGCCUAUUUAUGCCAUUAUCUAUUGCCCUAUACAAAUUUGCCUUUCAACAGAAAAAUUACAGGGCAUCCAAAGGCAAGAUACAACACAAUCUGAAGCAAUAAAGUCAUAAUCAGAACUAGACUCAGAUGUGGUUCAGAGGUUGGAAGUUUCAGCUAUGGAAUUUAAAAUAGGUAUGAUAAUAUGUUACAGAGUCUAGUGGAAAAGGUAGACAACAUGCCACAUCAGGUAGAUAAUGUUAGCAGAGAUAUGAAAACCAUAAGAAAAAAUUAAAAGGAAAUAUUAGAAACUAAAAAAGAAAACAUAGUAGCAGGAAUGAAGAAUACAUUGUGUGCUCGUAGCAGACUUGACACAACCAAGGAAAGAAACAGCUAACUUGAAGAUAGGGCAGUAGAAAUUUAUCCAAAUUGAAAUGCAAAGAGAAUAAAGGAUUGGAACAGAAAAAAACCCACAACAUCCAAGAAUAUGGGACAAAUUGAAAAGUGUAGCAUUUGUGCAAUUAGGAAAACAGAAGGAGAGGAAAGGGAAAAUGUGCAGAUGAAAUAUUUGAACAGAUAAUGAUUUCCUCAAACCACAGAUCCCAGAACCUCAGAGAACAUAAUAGGAUAAAUAACAAAACCACACCUAGGUGUUUCAUGUUAAUAUUGCAGAAAACUGAAGACAAAUAGAAAACCUCGAAGGCAGCCAGAGGUGGGGGGAAACCUUACAGAGGAAUCAGAAUAAGCAUUAUGGCAGACUGCUCAUCAGAAACCACGCAAGCAAGAAGACAGUGGAGUGAAACCAUUAGAGUGUUGAAAAAAACAUACCAAUGUCGAAUUCUAUAUCUAAUGAAAUUGUUUUUCUGCCAUGAAAGGGAAAUAAAAAUUUUCUCAAACAAAAACUGAGGGUAUUUAUUGCUUGCAGACCUGUAAGAAAUUUUGAAAGAAGUUCUUUUAAAGAAGCAAGAUAACAUGUCAGAAACUUAGAUCUACAAAAAGAAAGGAAGUGUGUCUGAAAAGAAAUAAAUGAAUAUCAGUAUAUUGAUACUUUUCUACAGGCAAAGGAUCUGGUUUUACAAAUAAGGACCCUGAGAGAUGGAGGGGGCAUCUAUAGAAAAUUUUGAGAUCAAAAAAAUUGGAAAUGAGACCAUGAUUAACUGACGAACAGAUGCAUGGGUGAGCUUCUAUGAUGUCAGCCAAGGAAAUCAAUUUUUGACAUGUAGACAUAAAGUCUAUUUAUAUGAAGUCCUCUCUAGACCUUUGUAGGGGAUUGAAGGUAGUUGUUUCCCUCUUGUUGGCCCUACAAUGCCUCCGUCUAGGCUCACUGCCAAACAUUUGCCAGAUGGAGAUCAAGAUGACAAAUGUAGAAAAAAACUACAAUGAGCUAUCAUCACAUACCCAUUUUUAGGCCCAAAUCAGAAUGGAUAACAAUACCUAGUAGUGGCAAGGAUGUGGAGCAACUGAAACACUCACACAUUGCUGGUAGGAAUGCGAUUUGGAGAAACGUUUGCAAUUUUUUAUAAAGCUAAAAAUAUACUUACCAUAGAGUCCACCAGUUUUAUUGUUAGGUAUUCGCUCAAGAGAAAUGGCUAUUGAUACACUCAACAAUACAGACGAAUCUUUACAAUAUGCUGAGGGAAAGAAGUCAGACACAAAAGGCUACAUACUAUAUCAUUCUGUGUAUACAGAUGCUUUAAAAACAAAUCUAAACCAUAGUGACGGAAGACACACAAGCAAGUCUGAGCAUUUAUGCAUGCUUGACUAGAAGGAGCACAUGGGGGCUUUGGGGCUGAUGGAUAUUUUCUGUUUUGGUUGGAAUGGUGGUUGAAUAGGUGUAUACAUUUCUCAAAAUUCACUGCACACAUAAAAUGAGAGUAUUUUAUCAUAUUUAAAUAACACCUCAGUAAAAUUAAUUUUGAAAAAUAUGUCUUAACUAUGAAGGCCAAGAGUUAACCUUAAAAUUAGUGACGUAUCUGAGUUUUCUUUCUUUUUUUCUGUCUCUCUUUUACCUGAAGAUGGGCAUAACUAGAAUGUACUUCAUUAUCUUAAGAGAUAUUUAUUCAUCCAGAGGAGGGCAAGCUGAUUUAUAUGGAAGAUAGGCAAGCUAUACAUCUAAUAAUUAUAUGGAUACGAUAAAAAAGAAAAAAAUGAGAGAUCCACCAUUUGCAGAUUUCUAGCCAUGAGGAAUAUGCUCACAGGCUUGGAACAAUGGAUUCAAUAAGAACCAGCUGUUAUUUCAAGAAACCAAGAAGGGCCAGGAGAAAUGGGAAAGGCUGUGCUGAUUCCGAAAGAUGACCAUGAGAAAAUGAAAGAACUGUUUAAAAUCAAUCAAUUUAAUCUUAUGGCCAGUGAUUUGAUUGCCCUUAACAGAAGUCUGCCGGAUGUAAGAUUAGAAGGAUGCAAGACAAAGGUCUACCCUGAUGAACUUCCAAACACAAGUGUAGUCAUUGUGUUUCAUAAUGAAGCAUGGAGCACUCUCCUUAGAACUGUUUACAGUGUUAUAAAUCGUUCCCCACACUAUCUACUCUCUGAGGUCAUCUUGGUAGAUGAUGCCAGUGAAAGAGAUUUUCUCAAGUUGACAUUAGAGAAUUAUGUGAAAAAUUUAGAAGUGCCAGUAAAAAUUAUUAGAAUGGAAGAGCGCUCUGGGUUAAUACGCGCCCGCCUUCGAGGAGCAGCUGCUUCAAAAGGGCAGGUCAUAACUUUUCUCGAUGCACACUGUGAGUGCACUUUAGGAUGGCUGGAGCCGUUGCUGGCAAGAAUAAAGGAAGACAGGAAAACUGUUGUAUGCCCCAUCAUUGAUGUGAUUAGUGAUGAUACUUUCGAAUAUAUGGCUGGGUCAGACAUGACUUAUGGGGGUUUUAACUGGAAACUGAAUUUCCGUUGGUAUCCUGUUCCCCAGAGAGAAAUGGAUAGGAGGAAAGGAGACAGAACACUACCUGUCAGGACCCCUACUAUGGCUGGUGGCCUAUUUUCUAUUGACAGAAACUACUUUGAAGAGAUAGGAACUUACGAUGCAGGAAUGGAUAUCUGGGGUGGAGAGAAUCUUGAAAUGUCUUUUAGGAUUUGGCAGUGUGGAGGCUCACUGGAGAUUGUGACUUGCUCCCAUGUUGGUCACGUUUUUCGGAAGGCGACUCCAUACACGUUCCCUGGUGGCACUGGCCAUGUCAUCAACAAGAACAACAGGAGACUGGCAGAAGUCUGGAUGGAUGAAUUUAAAGAUUUCUUCUAUAUCAUAUCCCCAGGUGUUGUCAAAGUGGAUUAUGGAGAUGUGUCGGUCAGAAAAUCACUAAGAGAAAAUCUGAAGUGUAAGCCCUUUUCUUGGUACCUUGAAAACAUCUAUCCGGACUCCCAGAUCCCAAGACGUUAUUACUCACUUGGUGAGAUAAGAAACGUUGAAACGAAUCAAUGUUUAGACAACAUGGGCCGCAAGGAAAAUGAAAAAGUGGGUAUAUUCAACUGUCAUGGUAUGGGAGGAAAUCAGGUAUUUUCUUAUACUGCCGACAAAGAAAUCCGAACAGAUGACUUGUGCCUGGAUGUUUCUAGACUCAAUGGACCUGUAAUCAUGUUAAAAUGCCAUCAUAUGAGAGGAAAUCAGUUAUGGGAAUAUGAUGCCGAGAGACUCACCCUGAGACAUGUUAACAGUAACCAAUGUCUUGAUGAACCUUCUGAAGACGACAAAAUGGUGCCCACCAUGCAGGACUGUAGUGGAAGCAGAUCCCAACAAUGGCUGCUAAGGAACAUGACUUUGGGGGCAUGAAGACCAUUUCCCCCAAGCCAUGAAAGUGUCUACACUUUUGUUUUUCCAUUAUUUCAGCUAGGGAAAAAUAUUAACUUUGCUGAAUUGAAAGUUUUAAAAUCCUUUUAUUAUUCUAAAACACAGUUGUUUAUAAUUCAUUUUUAGGAAUGUUUGCUUAUUUCCCUACUAAAAUUUGUAUCUGAUCAAAAAGCACAUAAGAAAUAUAAAUAACAGCAAACUGUUAUUAAACAUCGGAACAACUUAAAAAACAAAUUGUGUUUGCUUUUAAAAACAAUCUUUAUUCCCUCACAUCACAGGAUUUAUUGGGGGGUUAUUUUUAUUUUUCUUGUCAUAGUUGUUGAUAGAGGGACAAUGUAAAUGCCUUAUAAAAUAUCUUCAUUAUGAAAUAUCAGUUGUUUUAUAAACUCACUCUGUAUCUACUGGACUUUCAUGGAAACAUGUUCAAUAUCUAUGUCAACAGCAAGACCACACACUGAAUUAUUUCUGAGCAAUCAAUUCAUCGUACUAAGUUCCAGUUUUGUACCAGGAAAAAAGUUAAAUUGGAUAAUGAUUUCUUAUAGAGUUCUUAUAAAAAGCAUCACAUUUAAACAAAAAAAAAGAGGAGGAGAAUUUGAAAAUUCAAUUUAAAGUACAUGAAAUCAAGAAACUAGCUGAACAUUGCAAGGAGCAAGAAGAAGCUACAAUUGAAUCAUUUUAAAAGAUAUUCCGUUUGGGUUGCAGUCACUCCUAAUACAGGCUGAGUGUAAAUCAUCUUAGUCCCAGAGUUGACAUCAGAAACUCAGUCCUUACCCACUCGCUUUGUCUCACGUAAACUAUACAGCCUUCACUAUAGAGACUGUAACGUGUUGCUUAUGCUGUACAGAAUUGUAGGUGAAGGGUGAAGUUUUAGCCCUAAUUUUUAGGGUUUUUUUGCAUUUAAAGAUUUCAGUUAGAUCAGUUACCAUUUUAAUUUUAUAUUUUAAAAAAUAAUGCGUUAGUAUCAGAAUUUCAUUGCUGUGUUAGACUAUCUAAAGUUUUCAUCACUAGGGGAAAGAACUCAAUACACAUCCAUUAAACUUCUAUUUUGAUUAAACUCCUAGAUAGAAUUCACCAUAAAUUGUGACUCACAGAACACAAUCAGAAUUAGGCUAGCUUCACAUGUUCUUCCUCCAUCUUAAAAUCCUUUGUGUUCAAAAUAGAUGAGCAAAAGACAUGAAAAGGAAGAAAAAUCUACUAGUGAGAUUUGUGCUAAUAAGUUUUAGUGUUUGGCACCAUUUAAAAUGUCCAUAAAGCUGCUCUACGUAUGUAUUUUAUUCAUUAUAAAUGGACCCAGCAGCUAAGAGAAUUUGGGGGGAAAAAUAGAAGCAGCAUCCUGUAAAGUAGAAGAUGCCACGUCUUCCCUCUCAUCUUUUCUUAAAAACCUCUGACAGAAAAUGUUAGUUCAGCUACAGGGCAACUCCUUCUCCCUCUCUCUGUCUCUCUGUCUCUCUCUCUCUCUGUCUCUGUCUCACUCUCUCUCUCACACACACACACACACUUGCGCACACACACACACUGCUUUAUAAUGAAAAGGAGGACACUUUCUGAAGGCCAGUAAUAUCUUGUGUGACUUUCCCAGCCAGCAUUCCUUCCUUUUGGCAUUAUACUGGUACAGCUCUAAGGAUGAGUUCUACAACCUGGAGCACUUUCAUUUACUCCUUAAAGUAUAGACGUCCCUCACCUCAAGGUCUCUGGGAAUCUUUGAAUCUCUUAAAAUUAUAAGCAAAGGUUUGAUUGUCGGACAUGUUUUUCUGAGGGGAGAAUUCAGUGCUUAAAGCAAACUUCUAAGGAAACUUUGACUCCCAAGAGCUAUGAACCACUGCCUUAAAUCGAUAGUGGCCUCACAACUCAACUGAGGUCUGACUUAACAAUCCCAUUUUCCGUUUUCACUGUCUUUUUUCCCCUUUUCCUGACUAAAAUAUGGUAGAAUGUCCCUGCAAAGCAUUUUUCCUUAAACUUAAAAAGCUUAAAGACUCAAUCAAGGACUCAGACAAUCUGUUCCAGUUAUUAUGGAUCUGUCAAUCAAAAUGCAUGUGUUAUCUAGCAAAUAGUCAACGACAAAUUUUUUGAAAGUACAGCUACUCUAUCAAAACUGAAUUUGACACAUUUCAACAGCAUUUUAAAUAUUUGAAAUUUCAUUAUGGUCAUAAGCAAAAAUACAGGAAAAAUGAAAACUGCAUGAAUUUCAUGCCAGAGGAGAAUUUUCAAAGAAUCCUCAGAUGGUUUAAGCACAUGCUAUUAGAGUAUCUAACAAACAAAAAAUGACAUAAAAUAUCAAAAAGCUAGAAAUUAGUUUUUUUCAAAAAUAUUUAUUGUAUUUAGUACAGAAAAUUAGAAUCCUGAUUGAAUUCGCAAUGCACUCAUACCUUCCUUGUCUAUGGAACUAGACUAAUAGAUAUUUCAAAUGACUUUACACUUCCUCUUCCGAGGUCGUCCCCAUUGCAGUUAAUGCCAACUCCAACCUUCCAGAUGCUGAGAUCAAAAGCCCAGAGUUACUUUUAACUCUGCUUUUUCUCUCUCAACUUUUGUCUAAUCCAUCAGCAAAUUCCCUUGAUGCUAUAUUGAAAUAUAAGAAGAAACCAACAACUUACCACCACAUCCACUGUAACCUUUUUCUUUGCAAUAUGCAUGUAAUUUGGUUCCCUAGUUUGCCAGCCUUUCCUCCAAUAGUCUUUUCUCGAUACAAGAGCCAUAGUGAUUCUCUUAAACAUAAAUUUGACUGUGUCACUUCUCUGUUCACAACCUUCCAAUGACUUCUCGUGUCUCUCCAACCUAACUUCUCACAGUGGUCUUCAAGGUCCUUGAUGAAUGACACCCCUCUACUCUUGUGCAUACGCACACACAUAAGCACGUGUUUCUGAUUACGCGUCAUACCAUUCUGCCCCUUACUUAUUUUAUUCUGGCUUCCAAGCAAGUUUCUGUCUUGGUGUUUUGUUCCCUCUGCCCCACAGAGGUCUUUCACUCGCUUUCUUUAGAUCUCUGUUCAACUAUUAUCUCGUCAGUAAGGCAAAGCCUUCUCCCUCCUGCCCUCAUUAUCUCCUGUACAUUCUCUAACAAACUAUGAAUUUUCUUCCUUAUUUUUUAUCUACCCUUCCACCUCCCUACCCGCCAACAUCCCCAUCACACGCCUUAGAAUAUAAGCCCCAUAACUGCCGGUACUUUGCCAGUUUUGUUCACUGUGGUAUCCCCAGUACCUGUUAGAGUUCUUGGCACAUAGUAAGCAUUCUUUAAAUAUUUCUUAAAUUAAUGAACUGAAAAAUAUGUGUUAUAGUUGCUAAGUGCUACUGUAUCAUAUCCCUUUUUUUGCACAUUAUUUUAAAUUUUAAAAUAAAGUUUAGUCAUAUAUUUAGACAGGAUUUACAUAACUUUCUCGCUAAAUGAUAAUUUUCUUCCUAAUUUCUUCACAUUAAAAUAUGGACUAUAUUUUUUCUCUGUGAUAAAAUAUCCUGCCUUAUGGAAAUGAAAUAUGAAAUUUUAUAAACAUGCUGCUAUAUUAUAUAAGUUGCUUUAUUAAGAUAAACAUUAUUUUUAUUUUUUGGUUAUGUUCAAUGGCUACCUGAAGGUGUAAGAUUUUUACUUUUAGAGGGAGAUGUAUCAUUCUCUUAAAAAUCAUAGUGUAUUUCAUGGUUCCAUAGAAGCUAUUGCUAAGUUUAUUUUCUAAGUGCAAGUAUAUGAACAAAACACAAUUGUAGAAACUUUGAAAGGACUUUACAGAUGAUCUAUGUUUAGUUUCUCUGUUUAUAGAUAAUAAGGCUGAGACCCAGAUAUGUAAUGUGGUUUCCCCAAGGAUCACAUAGCCAUUAUUAGUGUUGCCAGGACUCAUCAUUGUUAAUAUAACCUAAUACUGUCUUCAAUUCUAAAGUACUCAAAAAUAAAAUAGGAAGGGCACAAUAAUGAGGAAAAUGUCUUCAUUAAACAUUUUGUGAUAAGUACAUUGAUUCUUUAGAGACCUAUAACUUCUCACUACCUUUCAUACUUAAAUAAGAUUAGCUCUAUGAACUACUACCACAGGCGAUAAAUAAAGACCUGCAGCAGAAAUAAAGAAAUUAACAGGAAACAGCAUAGUUACAAAACAUCCUGGCAUUAUUGGGCAAAGUAGUUUUCAGGGAAGCAAAGCCUCUUCAGCAGUAACUAAUGGAACAUACUCUCCACUCACUUCCGUUUUCCUUAUAAUGAUAUUCAAGUUAAAAGAUUGGCCUACAGCUUGCACAGAGAAUUAGACCAGCUAGUACUGUGAACAUUGGGCAGGUUCUAGGUUACGCAGCUUCAAAGACUGCUGGGUAAUCAGCAGAGAUUUCUAGGCUUCCCAGGGGAGCUCUGUAGGUUCUAGUAAACACAACCCUCAAAUUCAGUUUUGCUAUGGUGUUUAGAAACAGCCUAAUAAAUAAAAAGAAAAAAAAAAGUAAAGGGAGAGACAGAAAAAAUAACCACAACAAUAAAACAAGAGAAACAAUUUUAGCUUUUUUUGUUUGUUUGGUGGGAAGUUGAGAGCAUAGCACAAAUUGGUGCAGUGAAGGUCAAAAUAUUGAUUCCCCCCUAUGUUGUUUUCACCACUUGAGAAAUGAUGAUCAUAUCUAAUCACAACCAUUUUACUUACAUCUCAUUUAUAGAUGCUCAAUCUAAUAUUACAGGAGGCAAAAUGUGUACGCAUUCUUAAAUUAUAAAGGAUGCUAAUUUGACAAAUACAAAGAAUUUUACAAAUUCAAGAUCUUGAUGGAUGUGUCAUCAUCCACAAGCCGUCUUUCUGCAUAGCUGAUAACUGCAAACUUGAAUAAAUUUCCAAUUCACUUGGGCAGCAAAAAUUCAGUUAAGUCUUAAGGCAACUUAUAUUUCAAGAUUCAGCCACUACUGACCAUUUUUUCCCAUUUUUCUCCAAUAUGUCAAAUAUGGAAUAGAAAACACAGCCGCUCUUCUAUACAGCACAUGAACUCAUCUGGUGUGACUACACCAUGUUCAAACUGCUAUUAAGUAUAAGCUACUGUAUGACUUUAAGGUGUUGAAUGAACACCAGCAAUGUGUUUUAAAUAGUUUGUGUAAAUUUGUGUCCAACUUUUGUUUUAUAUUGUUCAAUAAAUUCUGAAGGCAA